AUGGAAGUCGAAGUGAGAAACGAACAACGAGAUGCUCAAGAAUGGAUGCGAUCGGCGAAAUUUGUCGAGAUUCUCGCCAGUGAUUCGACUUUUAAGUCCUUAUUCAUCCUCCUGCAGCACUCAAAUGGCGAGGAGGGGAUUCUGCUGAUGAACAAAUCGUCGUUUCAAGAAGAACCCGAUUGGAUCUCGUCGCUGUGCUCUGCUGCAUCACUGAAGGAAAUCUCGAGAAACGACAUCUUUGGUAACUACGAUCUGCACAUCCCGCCCGAAUUUAAUGUUGUCACUUCUCAACUUAUCUUCCCGGCUAAUGAGAAGCUGAAGGCAAAAUAUCGAUCGGAAGAGAAAUUCGUCAUUCACGAGACGCCCGAAGACUACCGAACGAUCACUUUGGGGUACAUCGAGAAGUACCAACUUAAUCUGAAUUGGGUCUACAACGUUUUGAACAAAGAGGCCGAAGCUGAGCGAAUCAUUUAUGAAGAUCCGAAUCCAGAAAAUGGCUUCAUUUUAUCGCCAGAUAUAAAGUGGGACGGGAAAACGGUUGAGACUUUGUAUGUUCUAGCGAUCAUUCACCGCAAAGGUGUCAGAAGUGUUCGGGAUUUAACAGCAAACGACUUGCCACUCUUAGAGAACAUAAAAGAAAAGGGAUUGAAAACGAUUGAAGAAAACUACGGUCUUCGCAGGGAUCAAGUCCGAGUCUAUUUCCACUAUCAGCCGUCGUUUUUCCACUUGCACGUGCAUUUCGUGAAUGUCAGAUAUCUACCCGCUGGAUCGAAUGUGCUAAGUGCAAUCGCGCUCGAUGAUGUCAUCAAUAAUAUAACAUUGCUUCCCGACUUUUAUCAGAAAGCCACGCUAACAUUCACACGAAAGAAGUCCGACAAACUUUUGCAAAUGUUCGUCGAAGCGGGCAGGAUGUCAAAAAUCGAA